GAUACAGAUUAGAGAGGCAGAAGGACCGAUGUUGAGGCAGGUAAAUGAUAGACAGGAUGAAGAUAGAGAAAUAAACAGAUCGUUGAAAUAUAGAAAUAGACAGAAAUCGAUGGGGCUUCCUAGAUCGAGAGAGCGGCACAAUGAAAGGACAGAUAGGUGGGCGACUGGCAGGUAAAGGACAGCGCGAGCCCCCGCUUAGUGUCCCUGGAGGACAAUGGUCCAGCCAUAUACACACACCCCCACCCCACCGCCCCCGCUUGGCUGGGUGACCGCGAUGCCAUGGCGGUGUGACGGCUGGGGCUGCGGGGGUGACGAAGCUGCUGCGACUCCUCCUAGAGGUGGUUAGGAGGAGGAGGAGGAGGAGGAGGAGGAGGCGGAGGACCAGAAGUGGGAGCAGGAGCGGGAGCUGGCGCUGGAGGAAGCGGGUUUCUCCUUCUCCGCCUCCUCCGCCUCCCCGCCCCCCGUUAGUUAGGAUCCCGGCCUGGAGAGCAGAGCCGCCGCCGCCCGCCAUUGGCACGCACACACACACGCGCGCACACACACAUAUACACGCACACACUCACACAGACUGCGCGCACUCACACACUCACACUCACUCUCUCUCACACACACACAUACACGCACACAGACGCGCGCAUCCCUUGCUAGCCAACAAGAAAGAAAGGAACGAAGGAGCGGGGUAGCGGGGAAGCGCAGGAGCUGGGCGCAGGACGGCGCUGGCCUUGGCCGCUGGCCCGCAGCCGGACGCGCGAACGGACUGAGAAGCGCUGCGGGGCCCAGCCGCCCGCUGCGGGGGCCAGGGCUGGGAAGCCCGAACCCGAGGAGGAGGGGACGUCAGCUGCAGGGCGCAGCACUGUGGUCAGUACGACAGAGGACUCUUGUGUCAGCAAACUGAGAGGAAAACGGCAGCAAGAUGUCGGGCAGAAGUGGGAAGAAGAAAAUGUCCAAACUGUCCCGCUCAGCCAGAGCGGGUGUCAUUUUCCCAGUGGGGAGAAUGAUGAGAUACCUGAAGAAAGGAACAUUCAAAUACCGAAUAAGCGUCGGAGCUCCCGUCUACAUGGCAGCUGUCAUAGAAUACCUCGCAGCUGAGAUAUUAGAACUGGCCGGGAAUGCUGCGAGGGACAACAAGAAGGCCCGGAUUGCUCCCAGACACAUCCUCCUGGCAGUGGCUAAUGAUGAAGAGCUAAACCAGCUGCUAAAAGGAGUGACCAUCGCCAGUGGAGGAGUCCUGCCUAGGAUUCAUCCUGAACUGUUGGCCAAAAAGCGAGGGGCCAAAGGCAAGUCUGAAACAAUCCUUUCCCCUCCCCCAGAGAAGAGAGGGAGAAAAUCGACUUCAGGCAAGAAGGGUGGAAAGAAAGCCAAAGCCGCCAAACCAAGGACAUCCAAAAAGUCCAAAGCCAAGGAUGGCGACAAAGAAGGAACCUCGAACUCCACUUCGGAGGAUGGACCUGGAGAUGGAUUCACCAUCCUUUCCUCCAAGAGUCUUGUUCUGGGGCAGAAGCUGUCCCUAACACAGAGUGACAUCAGCCAUAUUGGCUCCAUGAGAGUAGAAGGCAUCGUCCACCCAACCACUGCUGAAAUAGACCUCAAGGAAGAUAUAGGGAAAGCUUUGGAAAAAGCUGGUGGGAAGGAAUUCCUGGAGACUGUCAAGGAACUGCGCAAAUCCCAAGGACCUUUGGAAGUGGCUGAAGCCAUCGUCAGCCAGUCCAGCGGCCUGGCGGCCAAAUUCGUCAUCCACUGUCACAUCCCUCAGUGGGGCUCCGAGAAGUGCGAGGAACAGCUCGAAGAGACCAUCAAGAACUGUUUGUCGGCAGCGGAGGACAAGAAGCUCAAGUCGGUGGCGUUCCCACCCUUCCCCAGCGGCAGAAACUGCUUUCCCAAACAGACGGCGGCCCAGGUGACCCUCAAGGCCAUCUCGGCCCACUUCGACGACUCCAGCUCCUCGUCCCUGAAGAACGUAUACUUCCUGCUUUUUGACAGUGAGAGCAUCGGUGUCUACGUGCAGGAAAUGGCCAAGCUGGACAUCAAGUAAAGCCCCGAAGCGGAGACCCUCUUUGUUUCCCCCCUCUGAGGGGGUCCGAAGAAGAUUCAGCUUGGAAUGAGAGUCGGGCAUUGAUUUAAAAAAAUGAGGGAGAGGGUGGGAGAUGGAGGCAGCUCCAUUGGAUGGAGAUGGAGCACUCCCCAACGCGAAGAGGGGGGAAGCGGUUUGCCCUGUCACCGAUACUAGCCCUCCAUGCAAGGUGCCCACCGCCCCCAUUUUCUAUUCACCUUAACUAUCCUCCGUCCCACAUUAUCCCGGCCCCUCUCCGGGAUUGCUACGCGUGUGUCUUCUUGUCAUUUUAGAACUUAUUUUCCAAGGACAGACCUCGUUUUAGAUUUGUAGCAUUGACUUUUACAGACAAAAAAAAACAAAAAACAAAAAAAAACACUUUCAAAAUUCUUUAAAAAAAAUCUUCUGUUCCUCUUUCUUUUUCCAAGAGGGGAGGGCAUGACAAAUGACUUUGGUUUUGUCUGUUGUCUACAUUCCAUGUCGGAAAGAAAAAUCUGAAAGACAUUUUUCACUUGGUGCUUUUUCUCAAAUAUGUUUUCUCCCCCCCUAAUAAUCUCUGUAACUUCUUAUGAUGUUUCUCUUCAGGCUUGUUUGUUUUUUAAGGAAAAAAGAAAAAAAAAGGCAAAAAGA